AUGGACGGCAGACAGAACAGGCAGCAAUGCGAGAUAGGAGAGUCGAAGUGUGAUCUAUGCGAGCGACACCCCGGUAGUACCAAGCAACAAGCCGUUGAAGAAGAGCAGGAAGAGCCAGAGGAGACGCAGGCCGACACUGCAGCAGUGGCAGCAGAGGAGCAGCGCAGAUGUAUAGAGCGAGCUAUGGUCGUUAAAGAGCGGAGGGUUAAGAUCCAGCAACGGCGAAGGACGGAACAAAAAGUAUAUGACCUGGAGCGGCUAGAGCAGCACUUCCAGCGCUGGAGCAAUGCGUGCGCCAUCUGCAUGGCCACUCAGGCUGACCCGGCGCGCCACGACUGGAAGGACUGUUCAAAGGCCAGCGGAGCGCAGAUGACAUUAAUGGAGUCUAAGGUGAAAUCUAUGCACCAAGUAAAGUGGGAGAAGUAUGCGCAGUGUUUUUACUGCUAG